GCAUGCGCGACUCAUUUCUGCACUCGAGUUGAUCGGGGAGGGGACAGCUUCAACAGACAUCAGUCCGGCUCGUUGGACAGUGGUCCAUCGCCAGUUACACACAGCGAGAUGCCAAGAAAGGAGGGCUUCAACUAACAUUACAGAGCUCGUCGGGGCUUUUGUACUGUUUUUUUUUUUAGAAGCAUCAUUGUGGUAACGUUAAUCUGUUCAUCAGCGUUUGCCAACUGGCGAGGUGUAAAAAGUUAGUGUCAUGACUGGAGCUGAGACUGAGGAUGAUAUUCCAUUGGGUGAAAGGAAGACUGUCACAGACUUCUGCUAUCUCCUGGACAAGUCCAAACAACUCUUCAAUGGGCUAAGAGACCUUCCUCAGUAUGGACACAAGCAGUGGCAGUCCUACUUUGGACGGACUUUUGAUGUCUACACUAAGCUGUGGAAAUUUCAGCAGCAGCACAGGCAGGUUCUGGACAGUCGAUAUGGCUUGAAGAGAUGGCAGAUUGGGGAAGUUGCAUCCAAAAUUGGACAGCUUUACUACCACUACUACCUUCGUACCUCAGAAACAAGUUACCUGAAUGAGGCCUUUUCAUUCUACUCAGCCAUUCGUCAGCGCUCCUACUACUAUCAGGUCAACAAAGAAGACAGGCCAGAAUUAGUAGUGAAGAAGCUUCGAUAUUAUGCUCGCUACAUAGUCGUCUGUUUACUGCUGAACAAGAUGGACCUAGUCAAAGUAUUGGUGAAGGAGUUAUCUGAGGAAAUCGAAGAUUACACACAGCGAUUCAACACAGAGGACCAAUUGGAAUGGAACUUGGUUCUACAGGAAGUGGCAGCUUUUGUAGAGGCUGAUCCAGUGGUAGUUCUGAAUGACAACACUUCUGUCGUAGUCACCAGCAAUCGGCUGCAGGAGGGAAAUGUGCCUCCACUGGAACAAGGCAUGGUGGUUGGGCAGCUCGUCCUUGCAGAUGCACUAAUCAUCGGCAACUGUAACAACCAGGUGAAGUUCAGUGAAUUAACCAUCGAUAUGUUCCGCAUGCUUCAAGCUUUGGAAAGGGAACCUGUAAACCUGGCGACACAGACGCCAAAACAAGGAACUCUGGAGCCCAAUGAGAAGCCAGCUAAAAGAGAAAACCCUCACAAGUAUUUGUUGUACAAACCAACAUUCAGCCAGCUUUUUACUUUCUUGUCGGCCUCGUUUAAGGAAUUGCCUGCCAACAGCGUUCUGCUUGUCUACCUGUCAGCAACUGGAGUCUUCCCUUCUGGGCAUUCAGAUUAUGAAGGACCAUAUGAUUUUGGAGGAGUUCUAACAAAUACAAAUCGAGAUGUGGUGAAUGGAGAGACGGCGCAGAAAAGGAAUCAGGCCCAGAAAGAAAUGCACUGCCUUCACCCAGGGGACUUAUUCCCUUUCACCCGGAAGCCUCUUUUUGUCAUUGUGGAUUCAUCUAACAGCACAGCCUAUAAGCAUUUCACAAAUCUGUUUGGCCAGCCUCUGGUGUGCCUACUAUCACCUACAGUAUACCCCAAGAGUGUGCAAGAUCAGUCUCAGCGUGGGAGUCUAUUCACACUGUUCCUCUACAGCCCACUGUUGGCUUUUUCUUCUGUGUGUGGCUUAAACAGCGUCCAACGAGGCCUGUGGGAAAAGGCUCAAGAAUUUCUUCGUAAAGUCUACCGUGACAUUGGGCAGAUGAUAACUCGAUCACGGACCAUAGAUCAAGCCUUUUUGCAAUUCUUUGGUGAUGAGUUCCUUCGGCUGCUGCUGAUCCGCUUUGUGUUCUGCUCAGCUGCAUUGAGACUGCAUAAACUCUUUCGGGAGUCCCAGAGCUUCCCAGAGUCCUACCCUGAGCUCCCUAAACAGGAUACAGUGGAGAGCAGCCUUCUACAGAAGCAUAUUUUGGAGCUGGCAACCAUGCUGGAUGUACAGAGCCUAUUUUGGGAUGAUCCACUAGAAGUCUACUAACAUCUUUGCACAGGGAAAAAUGGCAUACGUGUACAUACAGACUUAACUGCCGGAGCCCUCACAAUUGUCAUUAUUCUUUUGUAUAUAUUUUUUUUUACUGGUAAUGAAAUACUGAUUCAGCACAAAGAAUUUCAUGUACUGACAUUCUACAUUUUAACGUUGCAAAUGUAGGGCUAUGUUAAAAUGUUGACAUAGAUAAGCCCGAGUUGAAUACAGUAUGAAUUCCCCAUUUUGAGUCUAAACGGCUGGCCUCAUAAAUAUAAGCAGCAUGUAGGACAUAGGGGUAAACAAACUCACCAUUCCCCAUUUAAAUGUAAGUUUAAAAACGGCAGCCUUAGACUAUAUUCCUCAUGAUAGAAAUUUGUCUUUUAAAAAAAAUAUAUAUAUAUUUAUCAUUGUUUAUUGAACGAAAGGUUGUGUAAGCCUUAAGGAUGGAGAAAUAAAAAGUCCUGGGCAGCUUCAAGCUAUGACUGUCUAUCUGUAUGAAGGCAAAGCAGGGUGGUGAGAACGCAGUACUAACAAAACCCUUCACUGCAUCAGUACAAAUUAAAAACAAGUAUAAUGUUAGCACAUUAUUCCCACAUGAGGUUGGAAUUUGAAGGAUUUCACCUAAAAUGUUACUGGUAUUUGCCAAACAGUGCUUGCUGUAUAACAGCUUAACUUGUAGCAGGGUGAGGUGCAUGAGUUCACGUUGUGUUUUGUAGGUCCAAGUUAGUAAACUUAUCACACUACUUCGUGGCA